GCCAGGGUCACCGAUAUGGGGGUCGUUGUCUUCGCCACUCUCAAAAUGGCGCCAAUUUGGCUCACGCCCCGACACCCGCGCGCCGAGAUGGCGGUCAUAUUUUGUGCGGGGCGAGCCCCUUCCGGACCACUUAAAAUGGCGGCAGCCGAGGGGGCGGGGCUGCGCGCGGAGCCUGUCGGGUCGCGCGCGGUGUGCUGGGAAGGGGUGGAGCGCGGCCGCGCCGGCGCGUCGGAGCUAGAGGCAGCCACCGAGAUGGAUGUGUUCCUCAUGAUCCGGCGCCACAAGACCACCAUCUUCACGGACGCCAAGGAGUCGAGCACCGUGUUCGAGCUGAAGCGCAUCGUCGAGGGCAUCCUCAAGCGGCCACCAGACGAGCAGAGACUGUAUAAGGAUGACCAGCUUCUAGAUGAUGGCAAAACACUGGGCGAGUGUGGCUUUACCAGCCAGACAGCAAGGCCACAGGCCCCAGCCACAGUGGGGCUGGCCUUCCGGGCAGAUAUGCCAAGCUUUGGAGAAGAGGAUCAUUUGAGAACUGUGAGCAGGUGGAGGAGUCAUUUGGGUGGAAGAAAGUAUACGUGAAAAGGAGGAAAGUGAGAUGACACCUUUGAGGCCCUGCGCAUCGAGCCCUUCUCUAGCCCACCGGAGCUUCCAGAUGUGAUGAAGCCUCAGGACUCUGGAGGGAGCACCAACGAACAAGCUGUACAGUGAGGGCCCUUGGCCUGCCCCCAGAGGCCCAUUGCCCCAAUAAAAGAUUUGGCUUUCUGCCUG